AUGUCUUCCGAACCCCUCUCGUCGCUCUACUGGCCGCCGGACGUCGCUCGCUACAACAUGGAAUCCGUCCUGCACUCGUCCUCGGGAUGGCUGAGGACCGCCUGCAUUGUGUUUGCCCUGUUCUGUGUCUCGCGUGUAGUCGCUAAUGCGCCGUCAAGGGUCGCCUUUCGCGCCUACCAGGUCCUGUCCCAACCCGUGGAGAAGCUCGUGCAAGUCCUCGGCCUCGAGGUUCCCGUCGCGCCGCUCGUGUCGCUCGCUGGCAUCAAGGCCGACGGCGUACUGCUGCACUGGAAACCGACCGACCAGCGCUUGACCGUUCUGAAAUACGUCAUAAGGAUCAACGGCAUUGACAUCGGCGACAUAUCGCCCCAAGAGACGUCCAUUACUAUCGAAAAUCUGCAGCCCGACCACCACUAUGUCAUCCGCAUCGUCACCCUCAACUCGUCCAACUUCCAGGCUCCCAGCAUCCCCAUCCGCAUGCGCACCCUGCCUGCCGACUCGGAUCAGUACUACAACCCCAACGCGCCCAAAGACUUUCAGGCCCCCACCAACGAUGAAAACUACACGCCCACGCCAAUCAUCCGACCGAACAAGAGCCUCGCCGACGUCGUACCCCCAUUUGUUGCGCCUGUCAUGACACGAGAGCACAGCAACAGCAUAUCUCGGCGGAGACCGGACACGGGAAGAAGGAACUCGCCUGCAUCGCAGACCUUGGAUCAGGCUCGAUCAGCUCUCGAAUCUCCCGAAUCAAGCGACUCUAUUCGCCAACUCACAGAAAAGCUGAACAGCCUGAGACAAGAGCUGGACGACGUGGAACGCCAGAUCCAGGACGAGGAUCAGGAUUUCGUGACCCAAAAGGCAAUUCUCAUCGACAAGCGCGACGACAAGAAGGCGGCGCUCAAGGAAAAGGAGGAUGCUAGCCGUGAUUUGAGAAAAGAGGUGGCAACACUGGAGAGGCAGAGCGCAUCGGCGCAGACUCGUCGCGUCCAGCAGGAGAGGGUGCUGCGUCAGAAAGAGGCCGAGAGAAAGAAGCUCAAAGACGACGUUGCGAAGUGGACGCGUGAAGCUGGAGAACUGAAGGAAGCUGCUGAGCGCAUUGCCAAGGAGCGCAUCGAAUACGAGGCUUCGUCUGAGAAGCGCAUCCAGACUGUCAAGGAGAAGCAUGCCGAGGAACUGCAAGCGAACAAGACUCUAGAAGACGCUAUCCGCGAAAAAGGCAUCCAGAUCAAGGCGCUUGAGGAAGAGAGGCACGCACUGGAAGAGGGCCAAGAGGGUGGAGAAGCUCCGGAUGGCAACGACAACGCUGAAAGAGAAGAGGACAAUCGAUGGAAGAUGACCCUGGGUCUCCUCCAACAGCAAUAUGCACAGGCCUGGACCCUCUUCAUGGAAGCGGAGCGUAUCAGUGGCGAGGCUUCUACCCGACUAAACUACCUUCAACAGCGUCGCAUGAGCCAACCACAAAUGUUCACUGGACCACCAGUCCCUGAAAUUGGACCAGUACGCAGAGGCAGCCAGCGGGCGCGGCCUCUCUCUAUGCGCGAGGGCUUGUUGGCCCAAGCGACUGGUGGAUUUGUGCAUACGUCAAGUGCACCCUUCAACACUAUACCCACCACAUCUUCGCCCUCGUUUGCGAACAUUACACCCUACUUCAACCCUGUUAAUGGCAUGGCUUUACCCCCACCACGAACUCACAACUCAUCUUUCUCUCAAGCAGACUUUGAAAGCCUGACUGGCGGCGCACCUAUGAGCCCAACAGCUGGCGCCCUCUUGCCCGCUGGUCUCUUCGCCGAUGACCUAGGCUUGACAGACACUGAAGAUGAGAACGACCCUGGUCCGCCGCAAGCGCCUUCACUUGAUCCAUCCCCGAAUCUCAGAAAUGUGCUCCCAGGUCUCGGUGCUCCAGGAACCAUUGAUCGAAGCCAGGACCCCAGCUCGCCCAUAUCCCAGUCUAGUCGCCCACCGAGCGCCUUUGCAAGUCCCCGCGAAAGCGCUGGCGAACUACAAAACUUUCCGAACCCGAACCCCGACAACAUCGAAAGUGACAAGCGUUCGAUACGUUCCACAUCAAGUUCCUUCCAGAUCCCGCAGGCGAGCCGUUUCGGCGGUCUAUUCGGUCUUCAUAGGCAACGCGGCAAAACCUUCUCUGAUGAUGGGCCAGCUCUUGGCUCACUCAAGCCAUCACAGAGCCAGUCUCUCCCGCGACAAGAUCACGGUCCAGAUGGUGUAGGGGGCUCACGACGCCGUGGAAGUCAUUCUGAAGGCGCGUGGUAUGACACAUUUAUUCGCACAAAGACUCAGCCAGUGGAAUCAUCUAGUAGUCCUAAUCAUGUCACGACGCGUAAGCGUCCCUUCAACAUGUUUGGCACGAAAGCUGAUCCUUGGCUGACAUCAAUGCUAGGUUUUGAGAAACCCCCUUCGCCGCGCCAAGGGUCGACCAAAUCUGGAGAGGCUUUUACCAUUCCCAUUCUUGGUAAGAAGACAGAAGAGGACAAGGCUGAAAAGGCGAAGCGAGCUGCGGAGAGGGCAGCCGAAAAAGAAGCUAAGAAGGCUGAAAAGGCUGAGAAGAAGGAAGAAAAGGAAAAGAAGGCAAAGGCUGAAAAGGCUGAGAAAGCAGCUCGCAAAGGAAAAGAAAAACUGACCGAGUCUAAUGCGUCCAUCACCAGCGACUCGAGAGAUGCCACAUCGCCACACAACUCACGUGUUUCCCGCGACACGCCAUCUAUAAUCUCAACAGCAGACGCCUCGGAAGCUUCGCCCCGUGAAUCACUUGAGCGUAGCGUAUCACACACGCCUUCAGAGCUCAAUGCAUCUAUCGGAAAAGAGUCUUUCAUGCAGAAGCUGACCCGCAAGGGCAGCACCAACCAGUUUCUGACACUGGGCAUGAAGAGCACUCUCUUCUCGAGGGCAAAGGCCACUGACGCACCUGGAACUCCAGAGGAGACGAACGAGGACAGUGGUUUCUUGGGCUCGGGUCGCGGCACAGAUAGUGUCGGAAACAGCCCUAGCAUUGGUAUGCCAAAGGAUAAGACGAGCGCUCUUAGUUGGAGCUCUAUUAAGAAGUUAGGCAAGAAGGACAGGACACCGAGCUUGCAUGAGAGCGUCGCUAGCGAAGCGACUGGAGACGAGGACGAUCUUGUUGCAGGAAGCUCGAAGGCCUGAUCUGUAGAUAGUAUGAGAUGUCUAACGACGUCAGCCAUUGAGGCCUUGAACGUAUCCACAA